AUGAUGAAUGAGAUAUAUAAAUCCAUCCCUGAGCUAGAACGUCAGAUGGGCCAGAUAGCAGUUUCUCAAACUAUCAGAUCACAAGGUGCUCUUCCAAGAAAUACUGAAAAGAAUCUGAAAGAACAACUUCACGUUGGCUAUUUAAGGAAUGGAAGACAACUGGAGGAAGUUCCACUAAAGAAUAAAAAGGUAAAUGCUGAAUUAAUCCCUACUAAGAGGAUAGAGACCGAACAAAAGAAUGCUAAGAAUGUUGCAGAGCAGCCAGAGGUGGUAGCGUGUAGACCACCAUCACCGUUCCCACAGAGACUCCAGAAGCAGAAAGUAGAUUCAGCUUGUAAGAUAUUUCUUAAGAUCUUGAAACAAGUAAAUAUCAACAUCCCUUUGGUGAACACUUGCAAGAGGUCCUGGAAUAUGCUAAGCCCAGAAUAUGCUAAGUACAUCAAAUAUGUUGUUGCAAAUAAAAUAUGUCUGACAGAGUUCGAGAUUGUAGCACUCAUCGAAGAGUGCAGUUCCAGAGUGAGGAGUAAAAUUCCUCCAAAGCUGAAGGAUCCAGGUAGUUUCACUAUUUCCAUCACUAUUGGGAACGUUGACGUUAGGCGACCAUUAUGUGACUUGAGUGCUACUAUCAAUUUUGAUGCCUACUUUUGUGUUGAAAACGUUAGGUUUGGGUGA